GCAUGAAGAAGAUGCGCGUGCACAUCACGGAGCGGUCGUUUACAUUUCGCUAAAUUGCAUCCCUAAGUCAAGUUAAGAGCCUGUUUAUGUGUGGAUGUGAGCCGUGCUCUUUCUGAGAGAGAGAGAGAGAGAGAGAGAGAGAGAGAGAGGAUGACUGUGGCACUUUAUUCUGUCCCCGGCGGCGUUGCGUCGCUGAAGAUUGUUUUGUUAUGCUUCUCGUUGCCGCGCGUGACCGAUGCGCUUCCGGACUCCUCGAGACUCUCGCCACCUGUCAAUGGGUCGGGCUUCGCACCUGUACGGAAGACCGGCGACUUCGUGCGUGCCAUCGACCGGCUCUAUCACGGAGGCGGAAGAGUGGGUUACCUCCUGUAUUUGGAUGAUCAGCGGUUUCAGCUUGACCUGGAACGGGACGAAUCGGUGCUGUUUGGUUUUCCGGACAGCGUGGGAUUUCUGCAGCGCGGCUGUUUAUAUCGGGGAACUGUAGACUCGAAUCCGGAAUCGUUAGCGGUGUUUAACAUGUGCACGACAGGACUGGAUGGAUUUUUCGCCGUGAAUCAUGACCGCUACAGAAUCAGACCCGUCGCGCGCAAAGAGCAUGAGAAGAACCCAGAGCGCGCGCUGCACUAUUACACCUGGCAGAGCUUCAGGUUCGAGGCCGUGACGGACCGCAAAAGCUGCGGCACGCGCGAACAGAAACGGCGCAAUGGUCGCGCACGGAAACCCCGAAGGACAGGUAAAGCGCAUGGGGUGUUAAUGCGUGACGAUUCCGCUGCGCACGGGAGGAGGUUUUGGGUGGAUUUUGCGCAUUCGCAGAUGCGCCGCAGAAGAUCGGUGUCGCGCGCGCGGCACGUGGAGCUGCUGCUGGUGGCAGACGCGUCCAUGGUUAAGAAGUACGGCAACGAUUUACAGCAUUACCUGCUGACACUGGCGUCGAUCGCAUCGCGGCUGUACGGCCACGCCAGUAUCGAGAACCCUAUCCGUAUCUCCGUGGUAAAGGUCACGGUGUUGACAGAGAACGAGAAAGGUCUUGAUGUGUCCAAGAACGCUGCUGCAACCCUCAAGAGCUUCUGCAAGUGGCAGAACCAGCAGAACCCACUGGGUGAUGACCAUCAGCAUCAUCACGACGCAGCUAUUCUCUUCACCAGACAGGAUCUGUGCGGACAUCACUCGUGCGAUACACUGGGCAUGGCUGAUGUGGGCACGGUGUGUUCUCCAGAGAGGAGCUGUGCUGUUAUAGAAGACGAUGGCCUGCACGCUGCCUUCACUGUUGCACAUGAAAUUGGGCACCUUCUAGGCUUGUCUCACGAUGACUCAAAGUUCUGUGAGGAGAGGUUUGGUUCCACAGAGGACAAGAGACUCAUGUCUUCAAUCCUGACCUCUAUCGACGCCUCCAAACCCUGGAGCCGCUGCACCUCAGCCACCAUCACUGACUUCUUUGAUGAUGGAAAUGCGGAGUGUUUGCUGGAUACGCCACAUAAUCCUUUGCUUGGUCCUGAGGAACUUCCUGGUCAGAGCUAUGAUGCAAUGCGCCAGUGCCAGCUAGCCUUCGGGCCCGAGUACACAGUGUGCCCAGGCAUGGAUGUAUGUGCUCGUUUGUGGUGCGCUGUAAUCAGGAAGGGCCAGAUGGUGUGUCUGACCAAGAAGCUGCCAGCGGCUGAGGGCACACAGUGUGGCAAGGGCAGGAUAUGCCUGCAUGGGAAGUGUGUGGACAAGACCCGCAAGAGGCACUAUUCGGCCUCUAACCACGGUAGCUGGAGCUCCUGGGGGCCGUGGGGUACAUGCUCUCGGUCAUGCGGUGGCGGAGUACAGUUCACACAGCGUCUGUGCAACAACCCCCCUCCUCGCAAUAACGGACGCUACUGCACAGGAAAGAGAGCCAUCUACAGGUCCUGUAACGUCACUCCAUGCCCCAUGCAAAAUAAGAAUUUUAGGCAGGAACAGUGUGAGGCGAGGAAUGGGCCUCAAACAGACCCUAAAGGUGUGAAGACCUUUGUCGAGUGGGUGCCCAAGUAUGCUGGUGUGCUGCCAAAGGACAUGUGCAAGUUAACGUGUAGGGCCAAAGGCACAGGCUACUAUGUAGUGUUCUCACAAAGGGUGAUAGAUGGGACAGAGUGUAGGCCCUACAGCAGCUCAGUGUGUGUGAAAGGGAAGUGUGUGCGCACUGGCUGCGAUGGAAUAAUAGGCUCCAAGCUGCAUUAUGACAAAUGUGGCAUCUGCGGUGGUGACGGCACAGGCUGUGUAAGAGUGGCUGGCAACUUCACCAAGAAGAGUAAGGGAUAUACAGAUGUUGUGAAGAUUCCAGAGGGCUCAACUCAUAUCAAAGUUCGUCAAUACAAGCCAAAAAGUCAGGCUCACUUUACUGCCUACCUAGCCCUGCGUCGGCCCAAUGGAGAGUACCUUCUGAAUGGCAAGUUCAUGAUCUCCACCUCAGAGACAAUAAUCCCUCUGAACGGCACCAUGCUUAACUACAGUGGCUGGAGCCAACACAAUGAGGCUCUUCACACCACAGGGCUUGAGGCUCUCCGAGAGAGCCUUGUAGUGCAGGUAUUAGCAACUAACCCAAAGAAGCCUUUAGACAUACGUUACAGCUUCUUUUUGCCUCGCAAAACACCACUCCCACCUCGGACAACCUUGGUGUUUUCUGCUACACCUGCAGCAUUGUCCUCAGACGAGGUCUUAACCAUGGCCACAAAGGUUAUACCCACAACAGAACCUCCAUCAACGACCCCACCUGGGCCACGGUGGGUGACAGGCUCAUGGAUGACCUGUUCCAGGACUUGUGAUACGGGCUGGCAAAGUCGUACAGUCCAGUGCAAGGACCCACAGGGAAAGCUAGCUAAGGGAUGUCAUCUAGGGGACAGACCUUCAGCCUUUAAACACUGUCUGGUUAAAAAGUGCUGAGAACUCCUGAUGGAAAUGUAAUUGGGAAAACGUGGUGCACACAGAUGCGUGCUUCUUCUACUUACGGGUCUGCGGUGAAAGGUCUCAAGAAGAGACAGACAGACAGACAAACUAGAGCACAUAGUGUCUUAUAGAGCAGAACAUUCUGAAGUUCAAAUGCUCUUUCUUGCCUGAAAUUUGUCACUGUGGAAAUUAUUUUUUCUAGCAUUAUGACCCUGGACAAGGAGUGCCUGCCUUGGCCUCUAAUGCAGUUACUUCACUUCAUCUGCUGCCUGGAAUCACUGAAGAGUCAGCAGUAUGUAGCCACUCAUCUUAUGCCAACCACAAUCUUUUUGACCAGCCAUCCCUCUAUGGGGUUCAGUGCAUUUCAGCUCAUUAACUACAUCAAAUUUAAACUUCAACCCAGAGAAGUCAGUAGAAAUUAAUCUUGAGUUCAUCAUAAAGAAAUGCAAGUGAAUGGAGUCUGAGCAAUUUAUGCAUGACUGGACUGUACUAAAGACUACUCUGACAUUGGACUGACUGGAAACUUUUGGAAACAUGCCCACCAUGUUCCAAUACAUUCUCACUCACUUAAUGUACGUACCACAUAUUUGAAAAACUCUGAGCACUAUCACAUUUAUGACAGUGUGAGCUCAUCUAUGUCUUUAUUACUCAUUCUUUGGUUUAUAGCUGCCCUUUAUUAAUGUGCCCUGGAUUCCUGCUGAAAAAAAGGAAUGGACUGAAAAAAACCAUACUUUUCUCAAACGUGUUAAUUUAACACAUUUUCCAUUAGAACAUGCAUAAACAUUUAUAGCAAUAAUGGUGGACGUGUAUGAUGUUAAUACUAAACAUGCAUUCAUACUAAACAUGCAAAGCCAUUUUUUACACCAUUUUAGACAUGUGACCUGUGUUAAUAAAACAACACACAAAAAUACACUCAAAGUUAUCCUGACAAGUAGUAAAUAAAGCUUAAUAUAAAAAUGUAAGUUCAGGAUAAAAAUGAAGUUUGUUACAUUUAUUUCAAGUCGUUAAUUCAACCAACUUGGAAAUACUUGGACACAUUUUGUUUUUCAACUACAGGCAAAUUAAUAGUUGAGUCAGCUAAAUACACACAGGUGACAAAGAAAAAAUAAAUAAAUUAAGGUGAUGGGCAACCACAAUCCGCCUUAACAGCUUCAAUGCACCGUGACAUUGAUCUUUCCAUAUGUUAUUCCCAAAUGUUGGUCCAAAAGCUCCUAUGGGUGUUCAGUUGGGCUAAGUUAUGGUGACUGUGAAGGCCAUAGCAUAUGAUUUCCAUCAUUUUCAUAUUCAACAAACCAUUCAGUGAGCCAUCAUGUCCUGUGGAUGAGGGAGACAUGUCCUGGGAAGAGAUUACUCUCAAUAGGAUAGAAAUAUUUCAUUAUAAGGGGUCAAUCAGAAGAAAUAUUUUUUAUUUAUUUACCAUGGACACAAACCAUGCCAUGGGAGAACCAUGGCCUAAUGGUUAGAGAAGCAGCUUUGGGACCAAAAAGAUGCUGGUUUGAUUCCCUGGACCAGCAGGGAUGUGCCCUUGAGUAAGGCAUCUAACCCCCAACUGCUUCCCAGGCUGCUUUGGGUGUGUUGUAUGUCACUGUGGAUAAGAGCAUAAGCAAGUGCAGCUGCAUAAAGGAUGUAGUGUUUUCAUUUGCUUUGUCACCUGUCUGUAUUUAGGCAAUCCACUGAAAAAAGAGACUAUAAGAUUCCUACUAUAAUAUCUGUUCAUUAGGUGUUCAUGAAAACAAAUGUAUUAAUUGGUUAAUAUAAUACACACAGUUAUAGACUGAAUAUUAGGCAAUUGUCUUUAAAGCAUACUAGACUGACAUCAAGUCUUAGUCUUCAGCUUGGUACAACUAGCUAACCAAUACACACAAUUUUAAGCAUACAAAGUUAAUAUAUUACUAAUUCAAAAUGAUUAGACAAAAGCUGACAAUUUGCUUGGUCAUUUUUAAGUGAGCCUGAAGUGUUAGCAGCAUCUUUUACAUGUUUACCUUGUAAUCAAGAGAUUAGGGUUUUAAACCUGAUGGUGCCUUUGUAUUCCUUUAACCUUGAAUAUUAAAGGUCCACUAUGUAGGAUUCAGUUGAUUGCAACUAUACGCCUCCUUUUCCUCCCUUUCCAUACAUGUAUUAGAACAUACAGUGGCCGUCAGGUGCCCAUAACAUACUUCCAAGUCACGUUCCCUCACUUUUUCUUAUGCUAAAUAAUAACUGUGAUCCUCCAUUUCUCAAAAUUGGGGUUCUUAGCACCAGCAAACACUGAUUCCUCUUCUUUCUUCUUCUUUGUCUUCCUUCUGGUGCUUCCAUCCAGAUUCACAAAGCCACUAAUAAAAUCAUGAAACUGGGAAGGCACUCUGUAGAGGUUUGUCCGUCCUGGGCUACCGUAGCAGCGCCACAUGGUGACUCCAUGGAAGUGGACCCAUGCCUUACAUAUAGUUAUAAAGGGUUUGUUCUAAGCUUAUGUAAACAAUGAUUUGUAGUUACAGGUAAUUAUUCACUACUAAAACCAUACGUAUGAAUACUAUAUUCCAUUUAUGCUAAUAGAUCCCCAUAAAUCCAACAUAAUGGACCUUUAAGACUAUUCAAAUUAGCAGAAAAUUUCACAGGUUGAAGAAAAUUAUGUUGUUAUUGUAUAAUCUAGUUGAGUUUUUCUGACAAUAGCACAGUUGCACUGCAAAAAAUUGAAAACUGAAUUUGAGGAGAAAAUUACUUAAUACUAGUGAAAUUAUCUUGCUGCAUGGACAGAUAUUUUUACUUGAUAAGACAUCUUAGAAUAAGUUGGUUGCAAUCUAGAACUAAGUUUAAUAAUCUCAGAAUUGGCGUCUUGUAUUCUUCUAAUAGGAAAUGUUAGAUUGUUUCAACUAUUUUCAAGAUAUUUUCACUUGCUAAGAUAUCAUUUUUUGCAGUGUAAGUUGGGAAUACUUAAAAGAGAUCACUGCAGAUUGUUAAAGUAUAUCAUAUACUUCACAUUAUUGUUUGUUUUAUGCUUUCAAAUGCAUUCAUAUUAAGAACACAAAGUGGAAUUCUGUUUAAAAUUCAUGUCAUGCCAGACACUUGUCCACUCAAGCUGAAGCUUCAGUUGACAUAAAACUUUGAGGUUUCAGUUCUGUUUGUUAUAUAUGCAGUACUGUCUGAUCAUCGCCAUGGAAAAACUCCUUUGCUGAAUGACAAAAACACAGCACUGAAAUCAUAAUUUAUUGUGUGUGUAACUGGUAUGUAAAAAAAAACUUGAUGAAUUUAUUUAUUGUUUUUUGUAUUUGAUAAGGAAUAUAAAUAUAUGACUAA